UUAAAGUGCUGGAGGAACAGAUCCCUGACCAGCCAGCUAACUUUCAACUAACUCCUGCACUCACUUAUAUGCGUUUGUGUGUGUGUGUGUGUGUGUGUGUGUGUGGUGAUUUUCUCCUACCUUUUGGCCACAGCUAAUUUAUAGGAUCACUGUUGAAUCGUUUUUGGGCUACAAGCUUUCAGAGUGUGGAAAAUAAUGGCAGUACAACAGGAUAAAGAACCAAGCAUUGAGCUCUUCAUAAAGGCAGGCCAUGAUGGAGAGAAUGUGGGGAAUUGUCCUUUCUGUCAGAGUCUCUUCAUGGUGCUGUGGCUGAAAGGAGUCAAAUUCACAGUUACUACAGUCGAUAUGAGGAAGAAGCCAGAGGAGCUAAAAGACUUAGCUCCAGGGACCAACCCUCCUUUCCUCCUAUACAAUGGUGCCCUUAAGACUGACUUUAUGAAAAUCGAGGAGUUUUUGGAGGCAACUCUUGCCCCUCCAAGAUAUCCUCAUCUCAGCCCCCUGAAUAAAGAGUCCUUUGAUGUGGGUGCUAACAUUUUUGCCAAGUUUUCUGCUUUCAUCAAGAACAGUCCAAACAACAGAGUACAAGAGGAGGCUUUGCUAAGGGAGUUUAAACGCCUCGACAAUUAUCUAAAUACACCAAUGCCAGAGGAGAUAGACCACAACUCCACUGAAGACAUUCCUGUCUCCUCAAGGAAAUAUCUUGACGGCAACCGCCUGACGCUGGCAGAUUGCAACUUGCUGCCAAAAUUACAUGUGAUCAAGGUUGCUGCCAAGAAGUACUGUAACUUUGAGAUCCCGGCUCAUUUCACUGGCGUGCUUCGAUACUUGCAGAAUGCAUAUGAGAGAGAGGAGUUCAGCCAGACGUGUCCAGCCAACGUUGAGAUUGAGAAAGCCUAUCUGAGUGUUGCAAGCAAGAGGUCAUAGAUCUCCAACUAAGAAAGGAUUUUGAUCAACCCUGAACAUGAAAGAAGAUAUUAAGCCUGAAUUGUAAAUAGCCUUAAAUUAAAUAAUUUCAAUGUCAGGUUCAGUUUAAAAUACUGAAUUCAGAGAAGUUGUUAUAAUAAAUGUAAAUGUUUGUUAAGGUUCAGAAUUGUACUGCCUUGCCAUUUAAUGGUUUUAGCCCAUAAACCUAAAUAAUAAUGAUAAGAUAAUAAUAAAAGAUUCUGAUCAUUAGUUACUGGAAAUAUAAUUUAAUGAUAAAUCAUAUCUGAAUAAAUUGUCAUAUUGGCAUGCUAUAUAUGUAUUUUAUUUAAAAUAGGAAUCACUGAAUAAUAGUUUCAUAAUUCUGGAUAAUCUCGGCACAAUCCACUUUUAUAGCCUGUUAUGUGGACCAUACGUGCAAUUUAAUGUAUCAAAUGUGAUUUGCUUUGUCCAUAGUGUAAAUAUGUAUUUUACACAGAGAAACAUUCUUCAAAUUAUUUUCACAUUAUUUUUUUCUUGUUUUUGUUUGUUGUUUUAGGGGAAUCUUUAAAGAUAUUAUUUAAAGCCCUACAAGAAAAUAGUAUCUCCAAAAUGAUAGCUGCAUUUGUUAACCAUACAAUGGAAGCUUGAGGAACAUUUUCCCCUAAUAUUUAUCCUCUAUAAUAUACUACAACAAAGGCUACUAACAAAGUUAUUUUUUUAAUUAGCUCAAACUGAUUCUUCAUUUUAUGCUGAUAGUUCAUGUGUUCUGCAUUAAUCUACACAAUGAGAAACUGUAGUACAAAAAAGGUUACAUUUAGAUCAAACACAGUACUGUUACUUAAGCAACAAGUCAAAUUUUAUUUCAUGUCACAAUUUAAUUAAAAAUAAAAUCAAUUUCAUUCAUAUCAACAA